GCUGGUUAAAGCAUAAUUAUCAGGUGCCUCCCCAAGUUUCUGGUUCUGUAUUCUCAUUUUGAUAAAUUCUUUUUAAUGAAGGAUGGCAACACCAGAAAUUGGCGUGGAACACGAAGAUGGGAAGUGGAAUGACUCGACUGGGGCCUACACUGGCGAUGAGGUCAGCCCUGAGAGAGCUUCAGGCUCGGAAAUGGACGAACAACGCAAGCAACAGAUGGCCUAUCAAUACCUGUGUCACCUGGAAGAGGCAAAAUUAUGGAUGGAGGCUUGCCUGAAGGAGGAAUUGCCACCUACGACUGAACUAGAGGAGGCUUUCAGGAAUGGUGUGUUUCUAGCAAAACUGGGAAAUUUCUUCUCCCCCGAGACGGUACCCCUGCGCAAAAUAUUUGAUAAAGAAUUCAAAGUAGUGAAUACUCGGGGACUUCACUUUCGUCACACGGAUAAUAUUAAUUACUUCAUGAACAGCUGCGGUAAAGUUGGUCUACCGAAGGUCUUCUUCCCUGAAACAACGGAUAUUUAUGACAGAAAGAAUAUGCCAAAGCUAAUAUAUUGUAUCCAUGCACUGAGUUUGUUCCUGUUCAAGUUAGGAUUAGCACCACAAAUACAAGAUUUGUAUGGCAAGGCCAAAUUUACUGAGGAACAGAUUAGUGCCAUGAGAAAGGAGCUAGAAAAGUAUGGAAUUCAAAUGCCAGCCUUCAGCAAGAUUGGUGGAAUUUUAGAAAGUGAGAUGCCUGUGGAUGAAGCUGCAUUGCAUGCUGCAGUGAUUGCCAUUAACGAUGCAAUUGACCACAAAGAUGCAAAUGGCACUCUUGAGGCUCUCCACAAUCCUAGUGCACACUUAGUUGACAUAAGUCCAGAUAAUGCAGAGGAGUACCAGGAGGCCCUUUACCAAGCUAAGGCUACUAAGGCUGCCCAAGCUCUAGCCAAGUCACCAAGUAAGGAGGGAAUGGACGUAUAUGACACGCUCCUAACUCAGGCUGAAAUUCAAGGAAAUGUCAGUCAGGUUAAUGAUGCGAUCAAAAGAAAGAAAGCAGAGGAAGCAUUGAUUCAGGCUGUCAGAGAAGUUAACCAGGCUGUCAACAAUAAUGAUGAAGAGGCUUUGACCAUUGCUUUAUCCAACAAAGCAGCUAAGUUGACAGGUUUCACCAAAGAAAAUGGGUCAUGGUACAUGAAGUUGUUAGAGGAGAAAAGAAAUAUAAAACAAGAGCACACUGGUCUCUCUGAUGUUGAUCUCACUCAAACAGAAAUCCAGGAAGCAAUCAAUGCUGCUAAUGAUUUAGCUGAACAACACAGACAAAUGGAGGAUAUUGUACACUGUAUAAACAAGUCAAUAGAUAUGGGAACAGUGGAAGAAACUCAUACCUUGAUCCAAAAACAGGAAGGGAUGUUUCCAAAAGUACUGACAAGGAGUGCCUUUCUGUAUCAUGAUGGACUUUAUAAAGCUAAGCAACAAUCACUGCAAGAAAGUAAUGAAGUGUGCCUUUCACAUCAGGCCAUCUGUGACCAGUUGUCAGUUCUGACAGCUGUAGCAGCCAUAAAUGAAGCCAUUGAGAAUGAAAAUUCAACUCGGUUGAUUGAAAAAAUGAACCAUGCUAAUGCUGGUUUGACUUCAGUGGAUGAGAGUCUAUGUAACAGAUACUUAAGUUACUUGAUCUCUGUCAAGGAGGACAAAGCACAGGAAUGUGGAGUUGGCAAGGAUGAUCUAACAAAGCUUGAAAUACAGAUUUGUGUGGAAUACAUGAACACUGUUGUUCAAGAAGAGCAUGAUUUGAUCUCUGCAAUAGCAGUUAUCAAUGAGGCCAUUGAUAAGGAAGACCACCAAAGUACUCUGCAAGCCUUACAGGCUGUUGCUGCCAAACUAUCAGGUAUUGUCCCUGAAAGCAGCCAACUCUAUCAGAAGCUUCUAUACACUCAGAAGAUGGCCAAAGCAGCGAAAGCUGAUGAAGGCACAGCUGAACUGUGGCAUGAUGAGAUUCAGAGAAGCUUAGACAGUGCGAAUCAUUACUGCGAUGAGGCUCAACAUUUGGCUGAGGGUGUGACGGCAAUCAACCAAGCAAUUGAUGCACAAGAUGAGAAGCUUCUGAUAGCUGCUCUUACAUACCCAAGAGCAAACAUUUAUGGUGUCACAUCACAGUGUAUUCAGCAGUACCUUGAAGAGCUAAAAAAACUUAAAGAUAGCAAGAAAGAAGCAGGCAGUAACUCUGUGUGGCUGGAGCAAAAGAUAUCUCAGGGUUAUUUGUAUUAUUACAAUACUGAGAAUAAAGAAAGUUGUUGGGAGAAACCGGAUGAUAUGAUCAACAACUCAGCUGUGCUUACCAGAGAGGAAAUUCAGGGUGUGAUAUCAAGAGUAACAGGCCAGUAUGACCGUUGGGUUCACAUGGAGUCAAAUGAACCCUUGAUUAUCAAGCUGCAGUCUCACUGGAAAGGAUAUUUGGCAAGAAAGGCUUACAAAGAAAGGCAGACGUUCAUAAAGGAACAUCUACCAGCAAUUAUUAAAAUACAGGCAUUUGUGAGGGGAUUUAUUCAAAAAUUGAAAUACAGAAGGAGGCUCAAUGAACUGCACAGUCAUCCUGAAGAAGUUGUUAAGAUUCAAUCUUGGAUGAGGAUGUCACUUGCUAGAAAGAAAUAUCUAGAAAGAAGAAAAUACUUUAAGGACCAUAAUUCUGCUAUAGUGAAAAUCCAGGCUUGGUUGAGAGCAAAUGUGGCCCAAAAUGAUUACAGAAAACUCAUCUCCAUGCAAGAUCCACCAGUAAAGACUGUAAGAAAAUUCCUCCAUCUUUUGGAACACAGUGAUGCUGACUUUGAAGAGGAGCUUGAUCUUCAGAAGCUACGAGCCCAGGUUGUGACAGAGAUCAGAUCAAACCAACAGCUCGAGAAUGACUUGAGUCUAAUGGACAUUAAGAUAGGACUUCUAGUUAGAAACAGAAUCACUUUGCAGGACGUAAUACACCAUGGAAAAAACUUAAAAAGGGAAAAACAAGACAUGAGUACUGCAAUGCAGAGAACAAAGGGGAUCAAGUCACUGAGUAAAGAAAGCCACGAAAAACUAGAAGCUUACCAGAACUUGUUUUACUUACUUCAAACUAAUCCAGUUUACCUGGCCAAGCUGAUUUUUGCAAUGCCACAAAGUAAAUUUACUAAAUUCAUGGAGUCUGUUAUUUUGACAUUAUACAACUAUGCCUCUAAUCCGAGGGAGGAGUAUCUGCUUGUGAAAUUAUUUGACACAGCGCUCAAAGAGGAGAUUGCCUCAAAAGUUGACCAAAUGCAGGACAUCGUGACAGGAAACCCAGCGGUCAUUAGGAUGUUGGUUCAUUUUAAUCGAGGUACUAGAGGUCAGAGCUUAUUGCGAGAGCUGCUACAACCAUUGGUUGAGGGUGUCCUUAAUGACAAGAACUUGUCAAUCAACACAAACCCACUUGAAGUGUACAAGGCUUGGAUUAAUCAAACGGAAUCAGAAACGGGAACUGCAAGUAAGCUACCAUAUGAUGUGGAACCGGAACAAGCGCUGAAACAUCCUGAAGUACGAGAAAGAAUAGAAGCUGCCAUGAAGAGCCUUACAGAAGUUACAGAUACAUUUUUAAGCUCCAUUGUUCAAUCUGGCCAUAAAAUACCGUAUGGUAUGCGAUAUGUAGCGAUGUCUUUGAGAGUGGCUCUCGCUGAAAAAUUUCCAGACGCAGCAGAAUCAGAAAUACUAAAAGUUGUAAGUAACUUGAUAUACUACAGGUAUAUGAACCCUGCGAUCGUAGCACCGGAUGCUUUUGAUAUCGUGUCAAUGGGCGUGGAUAAGGGUUUGACGGCUGAUCAGAGGAAAAAUCUCGGUUCUAUUGCCAAAAUUCUUCAGUAUGCAGCAUCAAAUAAAAUGUUUGGGGGCGAAAGUGCCCACUUAAGCCCAUUAAAUGGUUACAUUGCUGAGGCCCAUCAACGUUUCAAGAGAUUUUUCCUAGAGGUGUCUAAUGUCGAGGAGCCAGAGGGGCAUUUUAACAUCGACGAGUACACGGACGUGGUUAUGGUCACGAAACCUGUGAUUUACAUCUCAGUGCAAGAGAUCUGUGAUACACACAUGUUACUCCUAGAUCACAGAGAUGAAAUUGCACCAGAUCCCAACGACCCUCUGCACGAGUUGUUAGAUGAUCUUGGCGAUGCUCCGUCUGUUGACGCUUUGAUAGGGGAAACAUCGCCUGUAGAUGAAGAACAGGUGAUGUCACAUCAUUCAAAAACAGAGAUCUCCUUAACGCUGACCAACAAGUUUGAGGUCCCGGAUGAUGACGACUCUGACAUGAGAGCACUGUUUGUUAGAACCAAGAGAAUGAUCGUAGAUGUUCUCAAAAUCCAAGCUGGAGAUAACUUGACAGAGAUUCUAGAGACUCCCGCCACUGAUGAGCAAGAAGAAGAGCACACGAGAUCGAUGAAACUGAGGGAAUUAAACGAGGAGAACAAAAGUAAAUCCCAUGGCAAUGUAGCAAGGUCUACUUCAGCUUAUGGAGAUAACAAACUUCCCCUUGAAGGACUGAAAAGGAAAAUAAUAAGAAAUCUACGGAUGCUUGAAAGUCAAGGAGUCGUCACUAUCAAGAAUGAUUAUCAAGAUAUCAUUAACGCCAUCGCAAAGGACAUCAGAAACCAGAGGCGGUACCGACAAAGACGGAGACAAGAAAAAAAGAAACUGGGACAGACUUUGGAAAGCUUGCAUAGCAAAUCACAGUUCUACGAAGAACAGAUCGAUUACUAUAACCAGUACAUCAGAGUGUGUUUAGAUAACCUCUCCAAGAAGGGAAAAAAACCUCGAGCCAAGCAACAAAAGGGAAAAGAAGACGUGUACCGAGGUGAAAUCAAGUAUACUGCGCAAAGACUGUACGAGAAGGGAGUUAUUUUGGAAAUUGAAGGACUGCCGCCAUCGCAGUUCAAGAAUGUCAUGUUUGACAUCAAAUCAGCGGAUGAGGUCGGAGUCUUUGAAGUGUCAGCCAAAUUCAUGGGAGUGGCCAUGGAAAAAGUUGAGCUUGUCUUUCAGGACUUACUUCAACUUCAGUACGAGGGUGUUGCAGUGAUGAAGAUGUUCGGACGAGCAAAAAUAAAUGUCAACCUACUCAUCUUCCUGUUGAACAAGAAAUUUUACGGCAAAUAGAUAGUUAUCAGAGAAUAAAAUGUUCACCUUAAUUGCGUAGGGAAUAAAAAUAAUGAGCACAGCGGGAACACGCUUCAAGUGGGCUCUGAAUGGCACGUCAUACAUACGGGUAUUUGGAAUUUACACAUGACAAUGGAAAAAAAUGGGCACUAGAGAGUUGCUUUGCCGCUGACGAAUGAAGAGCUUUGGACAAUUGUCAUUUCAUAGAGACAGCAUCUCAGUUAAUACGAACAGAUCAGGUGUAGCUAAAUAUCAGCUGCAGCUAAAUAUCAGCUGCAUGGAUUCUUGCGAAGUGUCUCGUCUACAUAGCGUAUAUUUUCUGAGGAACUAAUUUUAAAAACGGAAAUUCUCAACGAUCUAUUUUUCAAGGCAGAUCGACCUUUCAGAAAAAAAAAACAGGUGUCAGUUUUCUUCG